AUGGCCGACGAUGACUCCAAAGGUAGCAAAGGAAAAGGCUUCCUCAAGAAAAGCAAAUGGGGAAAAUUGUUCAAGGAGGACGAUGCCGGUCCCACCUUGAAAUUGAGUGACGAUGUCGUCGACUUCCUGAAGCCCUCCACUGAGAGCGCCCGGUUUGCUACCAUUGCCAACCCUCCACCAGCGCCGAGAGGCCCGACAGCAGGCGGUGGCCCGCCCAAACUCAGUAUCGCUGUCGCCCAGCGAUUCCCUGCUGCAAAUGAAGUAGUUCCCGCCGCCGCAUCGUCCAACCAUGACGGACCGGCUUCACCGCUACCCCCGACGCUGUUCAAUGGACAGCCCAAGAGACGGAGAGGGUUGAAAUUAGUCGUGGGUUUCGCGCGGACACCACCUGAUAUCAUGGGAGAAGGAGGAGACGAGGCGCCGGAUCCACCCAGCGAAAUUGGGCGCCAGAAGGCUGCGUUGACAAGGUCGGUGUCGGAGAGGCGUGUCCCUUCGGAGCCGCAUCAGCAACAGCAGCGACAAGAUAUCCCGCCGCCUAAUCCCGCACACUCGCUCGCUGCAGGGCCCUACAGCACCAGCAGGCCUCCUAUCCCCGCACCAGAUGAUGUGCGGCCUGGACCCCUACGUCGUGCCAACACAUCACACAAUGAGGUCUCACCGCCAGUGCAAAAGCGGACUGCCCCACCACCCGUUGGACCGCGGCAUGUGCACAAAUCGAGCCUGGGACGUGUACCAACGGGAUUCACUGCUCACAUUCAGGAUUCACCUGAGGAUCCAGUGGGUGGUGUAGGCGGGGGGAGCAAAGUGCAACAGAUUGAUUGGGAGCAAGAGCGAGAGAAAGAGAGGGAAGCAGAGAGGGCUGCAGAGCGGGCGGCCGAGAAGGAGAGAGCAGAAUUGAUGGAGAGACAAAAGCAACACGAGGCCCAGUCAUACCAUCAAUACGGCCAGCCUUACGGACAGCAACCGCCACCCCCUGCUACAGGAAAUGCUCGUCCGCGAGUACCCACUGUCGAUCCCGCGUCGGGCUCAUCGCCUCGAGGUCAGACGUCCGUCAGUGCAGGUCAAUCGCUUCUGUCUACUGGCCGCCCUCCCCUGGUCAAUCAGAUUUCGCAAGAAGGCAACCCGGCCGCAGACGCUGCGUUCGCCGACUUUUGUGCUCGUGUCGCGCAUAUGCGAGGCGUCUUCUCGCUCACGGCCGAGAAAGAACAGACCCGCGACAAGAGCUCUCCUUCGAAAUGGUUACGCGCUGCUGCGUGGUGGUUCCUCAAGGGUAAGGCUGGUGUGGAAGGCAUGAUGCGCACGGUAUCAAGUCAGGAUCCUGGCCAACCGCGUCGUGAGCUUCUAGCUCAGCCGCACGUGGACCUCGCGAAGGCAUGGUGGAUCAUCAUGGACCCGCUACAACUCGCGAAUUCAUCAGACGGUGGACCGCAGAAUGCCUCCGCCGUUGCUCUGCGGUCUGCGCUCAAGUCAGUGUGCUUAAUGAUGGGCCGGAAUGGUCUCCUUCCCCCGACACACGCUCUCAUCCAAGGACAAAACACAAAUAUCUGGCUCGAAUACCCUCGCUUUAGGGCGGAUGUCACCGCCAUCUUAGGUGGCGACGAUUACGGCAGCACUCCAUCUGCUUCGGUUGAUGCUUUCGAAAUGAUGCCAUUGGGCGAUACACGCGACUACUUCUGCUACGGACGCUUUCAGGUUGACGCCUAUAUCAAUACCGACGACCCUGAGACUGAUCGGAUUCCGCUACCGUGCAUGUUCUCCAUCAUGCGCAGUCGGCGCGACUACCAGAUGGAUAUCGCCAUCGUCACUCAAAGUGAUCUGAUCACCGUGCGCGUGUCACCACGUACCACUGAGCGUCGACUGCUGUCAUGGUCAGAUGUGUCAUGGAAACUAAACACAUCCGGCAUGGUCGUUCAUCUGCCGCGCAAUCUCGAUCUCAACGUCCGUCUGCAGGAGCGUGACUAUCGCUACGUUCGCGGUCUCGCAGAGUACGCGCGAGGUGUCGAGCGCGAUAUGGUCGAGAACGCGGACGAGAAGUUGGUGUAUGAGACUUCGCUCGCCGAAGUGCAGUAUAGCGACUCUGCCAAUGCUCAGGCGUUUCCUUCGGAGAAGCUGCGGGGUUGUACUGCGCUCAUCUAUGAGCACUUGGUAGAGGAAGCUGAUGGCAGCGGACGGCGCAAAAAGCAUCGCGGGUUUCGCUUUCUGUUGACGACCGACGUGGGCCAAAAGACAUUGAGCAGUGUCACCCACGACCUCGGUCGGAAUUCGCCCAUUUAUGUGGAAUUGGUCUCGGAUAAAGCUGCGUCGGCGGCAAGUGGUCAAGCGAUCCUGGUCCUGCGUAUCCGUGAAGAGAAUCGACAAUGCCGCGCUAUCAUGACAUUCUCCAACGCCCAGGGCCGACAAGCAUUCUACGAGGCCUUGAAUGCUCUCGCAGUGGGCCCCGAUGAGACCAUCGUUGAAAAGAUUCCCCUGACCGCCCUCAACAUUGAGCCUGUCGGAGGCUCAUCAUCUCAAGCAGCAACUGUCGCCCUUCAGAACUUGCAGUGGCAGAAGCUUGGAGUGACUAAUUUCUAUUCGGACGAUCCGAACAAUCGCUUGGCCGGCACCGUUGAGUCAGAAUCAUUGCGGAUCCUCCUUCGCCACACAGCUGGCUGCAUUGUCGACCGGCUCAACCUCAGCAAAGGCGAAUUUCUCCUCCGCCUUCCCGCUUCCUCCAGUGGCAGCAACGCUGGCAAUGCUAUCCAGCUUCUACGUCGGGCUCAACUCGACAUGACCAUCUCUAUCGACGCUCGCGGGGUACCCCAGCCCGUCUCUGAAGCAAUGGCCCCCCUCCUCCAUGCUGUCCAACAAACCCCUACAAUCCGAACCUUCACCUUCGCGUCUCCGGCCGACCUGCACGCCUUCCAAGCCAGCUUGACCGGAUACGCCGUCCACUACGAUGGCACCGCAUCGACCCUGGCGAUCGCCCGGCGCCGCAUGGUCGUCCCGAUCUACAAAAAAUGGGAGGCUUCACACGUGCGCAUCCAGGUAGUAUCCAAGGCCGCACAUCAGGCCGACGGCGGCGUCACCCGCGUCCUCGCUUUCUUCCCCGACGGCUCCUUCUCCCACGCCGACGCCUUGUGCUUCCGCGUCCUGGGCACGGACGUCUUCGAGAACGUCAAGGGCAGCAAAGGGGCGCCGGCAGCCGUCAAAUUGGUCGACGCGAAAUUCAGUCUCCCGCACGACCACGGCAACGGGAGCGACGCGACAGAAGGCGAUUUCGCGUUCCCCGAAAAGGUCCGACGGCGGUUCGUCAAUCUGGAAGGCUUGGACUAUGCAGAGGAGCACGACGAUAUCACCGUGGGCUUUGCGGACGAAGCCGAACGCGAUCGCUUCAGUUGCUCCUUGCCGGGCGCCACGAGCGUGUCGCGCGGUCUGACGCUCAAGCGUCGGAUCUAACCCCACG